AUGAAGCUCAGUCAACUUCCUCUUGUGCUCUUGCUAAUUUCAAACAUUUCCUCUCAACAUACUGAAGCAAGACCAAAAGUGACUAUCAAACCUGAUCAACAUGUAUUCAGAGGAGAGAGAGUCACUCUCAGAUGUGACAUAUAUAGCUGGCGGUACAGCUGGUAUAAAGAUGGUUCAGACACUGUUUUCAGUGAUAAACAGGAACACGCAUUCAGUUCUGUUACUGAGUCUGACGCAGGUAAAUACUCCUGUUCUGGAUCAGAGAGAGAAGGAUCACGAACAUCACACAUCAGUGAAGAAGUUACUCUGACAGUAUCAGAUAAAGCCACAGCAGUGUUAGGUGUUUCACCACAGACGUGGUUGAAUGAAGGAGAUCCAGUGACUCUGAUCUGUGAGGUUAACAGCUCCUCUACAGGCUGGACAUUCAGCUGGUUUUCUCUACUCUUAUCAGGCAACAGCAAUCAUUAUAAUCCACUCUCAGACAGCAGCAGAGGAUCUGGAGGACACUACAGUAUCAGUUCUGCUGCUUUAAAACACACAGGAGUUUAUGUGUGUGAAGGAGAGAGAGGAGAUCCAGUCUAUAACACAUGGUUCAGCAACAAACAGUUAAUAUGGGUCACUGGUGUUUCUCCUCCAGUCUCUCUGAUCAUCAGUCCCAGCAGAACUCAACACUUCACAUCUGUCUCUCUCUCUCUAAGCUGUGAGGACCAGAGUAAUUCUAGAUGGACAGUGAGAAGAUACACAGACAGCUGGAGGUGGCUGGAAGAUUGUUCAUCAUCAUCAUCCUUGUCAGGAUCACAAACAGGGUCUACAUGUACAAUCAGAUCCACCAUCACAGAGGACACAGGAGUGUACUGGUGUGAGUCUGAAUCUGGAGAGAAAAGUCAUCCUGUUAAUAUCACUGUACACCAUGGUGUGAUUCUGGAGAGUCCUGUUCAUCCUGUGACUGAAGGAGAAUCUCUGACUCUACGCUGUUUAUAUCAACAUUCAACCUCACCAAACCUCAGAGCUGAUUUCUAUAAAGAUGAAUCACUCAUCCAGAGUCAAACUACCGGAAUGAUCAUCUCUAAUUUCUCAAAGUCACACAAGGGUUUCUACUCCUGCAAACACCCAGAGAAAGGAGAGUCACCCAAGAGCUGGAUCUCAGUCACAGCGUCUCAUUCAGGAUCUCAGAUCUCUGUCCUCCACACAUUCACUUCUGUUCUGACAGUUUCUCUAUAUCUGCUAGUGACAGUCGUGCUGAUUUACAAAUGCUGCAGGAUGAGAGCUGAAUCUGUUGAAGAACAAUAAAUGAAUGCGUCGUGAUGGUGAGAAAACUUCAGCUUCAUCCUGGAAUCUUACAAAAAUGAAUGGCUGUUAUGUACAUCGUUUAUUUUUUGUGCUUUACCUAAAAAGGUCAUAUCUCUAAUUCCUGGGCGAUCAAGGGACUAUAUUAAAGUACUAAGGUUAUUAUCAGAACAAACUCUUAAGUAUCUGUAAGAUGGACCCAGAAAAACUUGUACUUUUUUUGUAUUUUAUGUGCAAAACUUUAAGUACAAAAUAAA